AGUCACGUGUCUAGAGGCACAGCCAGCAAGCUAGCGGAUGAGAAAAGGUACGAGCGAGUGCAAGCGCUCGAAGUGGAUUAAGUGUGGAAGGGAUUGAAGGAGAGACAUGACAAAAUAUCAAGAGGGAAAGCACGCACUACCAUGCGAGCUAAAUUUGCGACCGCUGGAAUAGAGGAUGUCGGAUUAAUGGUGACUAUUAUAACCCGUUUUCGCAGAGGAAGCUUUUCGAUUGGGACUUUGGAAGAGAGGGUCCGCGGGGAAACAUGGCCGAAGGAGGGGCGGUUAAAGGUGGCGCAGAAUACACCGCCAAAUCGGCGGAGCAGGAAGAGCGGAUUCUGCCCCAGCCUCUGUCGGGAGCAGGCCACUGCAAGUGGUUCAAUGUUCGAAUGGGGUUCGGAUUUAUAUCAAUGACCAGCAGCGAGGGAAGCCCCCUAGACCUCCCUCUGGACGUAUUUGUCCACCAAAGUAAGCUGGUGAUGGAUGGCUUCCGCAGCCUGAAGGAGGGCGAGCAGGUGGAGUUCACCUUUAAGAAGUCCUCCAAGGGCCUGGAGUCCUUGCGGGUGACGGGGCCGGGCGGGGGACCAUGCGCGGGCAGCGAGAGGAGACCCAAAGGGAAGGCCACGCCCCAGAAGAACCGCAAACAAAAGGGUGACCGCUGUUAUAACUGUGGAGGUCUGGACCACCACGCCAAGGAGUGUGGCCUGCCCCCCCAGCCAAAGAAAUGCCACUACUGCCAGAGCAUCAUGCACAUGGUGGCCCAGUGUCCCCACAAGGCGCCGCCCACUGGCUCUCAGGACACCCUGCACCCCUCUACCUCGACCGACCUGUACCCCCCCGACGAGGAGGAGCGCUUGGGUUCAUCCCCCCUCGAUGGCCCCUCGUGCUCCCCGGAAGCGCCACCCCAGUCACACUAUGGUGGCCCCCAGAGGUGGAGGAAAUAGGCGGGGAGAAGGGGAGAGGUGUACCAUGACCCUGACUCCCCUAACCUAAGGAACCCCCAAAAUCCCAUCCCUAUUCUACCUCACACUCGUGAAAAAAAUGGGAGGUAUAUUUUUGGGAGGACCAGCGAAGUUAUGGCAACGAUCACCGGGAUAUGGAUUUGUGUGAAUGUGUGCGACUGGCUGACUGGUUGUCAUCUGGUUGCAGCUAUGGAAACCAUCUCUGGGGAUACGAACUCAUGUGAAUGACUGUGUGACUUCUCAAUCAGUGCAGCUCAAGAGACAAAAUGGUCUAAAAGAGAAACAAGGUUUGGGGUUAAGGGUUAGGGGUUAGGGUUAGGGUGAUUGUGAAGCUGAGUUAGAUGACUGGUGUCAUCUGUAACACUUUGUGUGGUAGUUUCUGAAUAGAACUCGGUUUCCUUUUAGAUUUUAGUUCACGUGUUUCAUAUUAUAUUAUUAUUCUAAACAUCAUUAUGCCUCUUUUUUAGCAUUAAGACUUUUAAAAAAGGCCUAGAUGUAGGCCAGUGUUUCCUAAUCGAGCAUAUUUUAGUUUUGCCCUAGCAGUAACACACUUGAUUUAACUUAUCGCCAAGUCUUUGAUUAUUUACAAUCCGGUGUGUUAGUGAUACAUCAAACUAAAAUGUGUACCCCUUUGGCUCCCCGGGACCAGGAUUGCAAAACACUGAUUGGUCCUCUAUAAAAACAAUAGAACCACAAAAAAUCUGAAUCCAAAUGAUGCUUCAGUGUGACCUAUUGUGUUGGCGAGAGCACCAUGGAUACCAGGGUGAAAGGUUGGAAAGAGGAUGGGGGCGUAAGGACCCAUUCAAUAACCCUUGUGGUCGUGUGCAACGCUCUGCUUUACAGAAACAGAACUGUAACAACUGCCGCGGGGGGCAACAAUGGUUGCAAUGGUUUCAUAAGAACCAGGAACUGGUUGUUAUAUCGUUGUUAGUAUAUGGUUGUAAUGAUGUCAUUUCAACCAGCUUUGCCGUGUGUGUGUGUGUGUGUGUGUGUGUGUGUGUGUGUGUGUGUUGAAGUCACCUUUGCUGUGUACUUCCCCAGCGGGUAGAUUUUGGCACAAGACAUCAUUGCAACCAGUAUUCUGCUGCGAAAAGAAGCCUAACUGUCCUGAACCACAGAAGAUGAGCUUUUCUAGUUCAGUGGUACUAACAAUUGACUGCAGAGUGCUAGUGGGGGAAUAGUAUUGAAUCCAGGCAUGUGUGCACUUGCUUGUGUGUGAGUGGGGUUGUUAGGAACGUGUGAGAGACGUUGUUCCUUUCCUAAAACAUAACAGAGAAGUUUGAUCCAGGCUUUGAGAUUGGGGCCAACCUCUAGUCGACUUGAUAUUAAUGUUUCAUGUAAUCCUAGAAAGACAUGCCUUAGAAAAAGUGUUUUAUCACUCGAGACCUUGCCUGGCUACCCAGAUUCCUUGCUCUUGCCAAACGCUAAGCCACGCUCACAGACGUUAGUUUCUUCUCCGCAGUGAGUCUGGAUCUGAGUAUGUCCCAGACCCUUCACCAAAUGCCAACACAUUUGAGGCCAUCUGAUUGGUCCAGGAACCGAUGGGUUGGGCCAGAGCUAGAACAAACAUGGGUAAAGCGGCAGUUUGAAAAUGUGUCAUUGGCAUUGAUACUCUGAUUGGUUCGAGACGAUCCAAUCGAUGUUGACUUUGUUUUGUACAAAGCCCCUCGUGUCCCUCGUCACCACAAUCUUAAAUGAUGGCAGACCGACACACUCAAUAUGUGGUCUGGAGACCGGACUCGAGUAGCCUAACAACUCGCACUAUAUUCUUCUUCUGAAGAAUUUAGUGUGAGUUGUUAGGCUACUCGAGUCCGGUACCCAGACCACAUAUGGAGUGUCUCGGGCUUGUCUCGGAUACAUUUUUACUCUGUCUUGACUGUUUCGGGCUCGGACAAUGAGGACUCGUAAACAAAAUCUGAAUUAUCAGCCCCCGUUCAGUCAAUCCUUCACCAUGCCAAAUAAACACACUCCUUUUAUAAACACCUUUCAUACUUACUCAUAACAAUACUGUCCUUUACUACAGUGCAUUCCGAAAGUAUUCAAACCCCUUGAAUUGCUCCUCAUUUUGUUACAUUGCAGCCUUAUUCUAAAAUGGAUUCAAUAUUGAAUUGUUUUUCCUCAUCAAUCUACACACAAUACCCCAUAAUGACAAAGUGAAAACAGUUUUUUUUAGAAAUGUUUGCUAAUGUAUUACACUUACAGAAAUACUGUACAUUUUUAGCUCUUUUUUUUUUUAUGGCGGCGAUCUGACACAAUUUCAAUCAUGGUCUUGAAUUGGACUCGCAUUGUUCUGGUCUCGGUCUUGACUCGAACUCGCCCCCCUCCCGGUCUCGGUCUUGACUCGGUCUCACAACACUUCUUAGCUAAGAAACCAUUUUAUCCACCUCUAGGUUUAAGUUCCAAAACAUUGAAAAAAUGCCAUUAUUUAAUUGGACUUCUACUAUCUACAUUUGGGCUGUUGACUAAUUAGUUGGAGAUAGUGUCACAGUUUAUGAAGUCACAAUAUAAGUCAUUAAUAUAUGUAUGAAAGAAUAGCAAGUUCUAAAACAAUUAUUACAUUUAAGUAUAGAAUGAAUUAUUUCUGGCAUAGUUUAAGGAACUAUGAAUUGUGCGUAGGAUUCUUUAUUGUCAAGCACCAUCACACCUCUCUCUCCCUUUGACCUGUGUGACAUCACUCAUUCACUCAGUCAAUGCCCUCCCCGUUUAUAAUAUGAAGUCAUUUUCUACAUUUGUCUCUCUUUAUUUCUAUCACUCCAUCUCACUCUUAUCCUCCCUCCGCACAAUCAAAAUAUCUGAUCACUCUCACAUCACUCUACCUCUCUCUAUCGUUCUAUCUGUCCCCGUUCCUCUUUUCUGACUAAAUGCCUUACCUAUAUAGGAAAAACUCGGACCCCUAGUCCUAGGCCUAGUAUUAGUCAAAUCACAUAGCCUCUACAUCUGUCUGAUGUCAAAGCUUUCUAUCCCUAUAUACACACCCCUGUCCCUCUCCCAUCUAUGCCUGUGGUACCACCUGUUUCCCACUCAAAACGGGAUCCCUAAACACUGCUGCUCGUUAUUCAAAUAGUCCAGAGAUUUAUUAAGAGCUGAAAAAGAGGUAGGGAGAAAAAAAAAAAUGUAAGUGCUGCUCUGCGACUUUCUGGUAGCGCUUCUACUAAUGAAACAUGACGACUCUUCUCUGACCAUAUUGAAUGUGAAAAGAACUCUGACGUGGCUCUCUCCUCGCAAAAGUCAACGAGGGUGACUUUGGAGUCGUAUCUUCUUAAUGUGCCGACAAAUCAAAUGGCUUUGUAUGAUGACGUCAAACUAGCUUGUCUUUUCUAAAAGCUCGAAAACAAAUGACAUAGACAAGCAACAGUCUUUGGUAUAUACGUUUCUAUAAAAGAGUUUUGGCUUUAUUUUAAGGCAUCGUAAAAGUCGUUCCUGCUCCUUUUGGAAUUUCGAGAGAUUGUUUCUGAAAGUUCAACACUGAGGUUGUUUAUGUACAGCGUUUUGAAUGUGUGACGUGCAUCGAAUUGAAUCCAAUAAGCAGACAACAACAGAGAGGGGGAAAAAAAGAGAAUGACCAAACCACACAAUGAGCACAGCCCAUUUUUGUACUAUGUAUAUAUAUUUUUUAAUCCACAAUUCCUCUCAGGAUGAUAAACUGUUCUCAGGGAAUUAACCAAAAAAUGUAUAUUUUAUUAUUUUGGGAAUCAUCCACCGACUUGCUCGAUGAACUCUGAACAGUGAAGUUUAACGGUUCUGUACCUCUUCAUGUCCUGAUAUUAGUAACUAACUACCUCUCGAGUUACACAUAGUUGUGCAUUUUCUUCUUAUGUUUUGUUUUGAUUGAUCUUGUAUGAUUAACUGUAGGACUUUUUUUGUUUCCAGCAAAAGCCUACCUCAUUUCCUCAGUUAUUCCCCUCCCCCAGCCCCCCCCCCCUGUCCUCUACCACCUCUGUUGUUUGUUACAAGCGUCCAGUGUUGGCACAAUAGUCGCAAUGCGGUUUCAAUCAAUCACAUCGCUGAAAUGGCAGAUCAGUUGUGACUCCAACUCCUCUUUUCCAAUCAAAGCCUGUUUUUGGUUGUUGUUUUUCUUCAGUUUUGAAAUUGUAGUGUUAAUCUCCACAUCCAGGGUGAACUUUGUCUGCCAGCUAAGUGUGUGUGUGUGUGUGUGUGCUUUUCCAGCAUAUGUAGGCCUACACACUUGCAGACAACAGCCAGUGAGUUUAAGUGUUUGUACAUAUUUUUUCUCCUAACCUCAUUUCUCAUUGUAACCACUUGACAGGCAUGAGGUGGACACAAAUUGGAUUGUACUGUAAAUGCACAAGAAGAUGGUGCCUAUCUAUGUUUUGUCUGUGUAUUCCCAUCGUAUUACCAAAUAACAAUUUUUCUCGCUUUGGCCUACUCAUUAAGUGACCUAAAUAUCAGCCAUUUUGACAACCUCCGAAAAUGACAAGUUGUGUUGUCUCGAGACAAUUGGUUAUUGUUUUUGUGAACUACAAUACGUAUUAUGUGGCAUUAAUAAUUCUUAAAAAUGGGUAGAUUUAAGUACUAAUAGUGACCUUGCAUAUGUUGAGAUCCUUAAAAAAAAAGGGUUUAUGAAUAUUACUAUUAUUGGGGG